AUGCUCCUGGCCUCGGCAGUGGUGGUCUGGGAAUGGCUGAACGAGCACGGCCGCUGGCGUCCCUACAGCCCGGCCGUGAGCCACCACAUCGAGGCGGUGGUCCGCGCUGGUCCCCGCGCAGGGGGCAGCGUAGUGCUGGGCCAGGUGGACAGCCGUCUGGCGCCCUACAUCAUCGACCUGCAGUCCAUGAACCAGUUCCGCCAAGACACAGGGACCCUCCGCCCAGUUCGCCGCAACUACUAUGACCCGUCCUCGGCCCCUGGGAAGGGCGUGGUGUGGGAGUGGGAGAACGACAAUGGCUCCUGGACACCCUACGACAUGGAGGUGAGCAUCACUAUCCAGCAUGCCUACGAGAAGCAGCACCCCUGGAUCGACCUCACUUCCAUCGGCUUUAGCUACGUCAUCGACUUCAGCACCAUGGGCCAGAUCAACCGGCAGACCCAGCGCCAGCGCCGCGUGCGCCGACGACUGGACCUCAUCUACCCCAUGGUCACUGGCACCUUGCCGAAGGCGCAAUCCUGGCCAGUCAGUCCUGCGGCCGCCGCCUCGCCCCCUGCACCACCCUGCUCCUGCCCGCAGUGUGUCUUGGUGAUGAGCGUUAAGGCAGCUGUGGUCAACGGCAGCACAGGGCCUCUGCAGCCCCCCGCAGCCCGCAAGAACGUGCCCUCCUCUGGAGUGGUCAAGCUGCCCGCACCACCAGGCUCUGCAGCCACGCAGCUGGACAGCACAGGCACCAUCCGAGGAGGCCCGGUGAAGCCCGCCCCGACGCAGGUGAUCCGGAGACAAGCCUCCAGCACACCGGCUGGGGCAACUGCAGGGUCUCCUGCCAGUCCCCCGGGAGCCAACGGCAAGACCGGAAGGGUGGCGCUGGCUACCUUGAGUCGUACCAACCUGCAGCGGCUGGCCAUCGCCCAGUCCCGGGUGCUGAUCGCCUCUGGGGUCCCCACUGUCCCAGUGAAGAACUUAAAUGGGUCCAGUCCUGUCAAUCCUGCCCUGGCAGGAAUCACUGGGAUCCUCAUGAGUGCAGCGGGGCUGCCUGUGUGUCUCACUAGGCCACCAAAGCUGGUCCUCCACCCUCCCCCCGUCAGCAAGAGCGAAAUAAAGUCCAUUCCAGGAGUUUCCAACACAAGCCGAAAGACCACCAAAAAACAAGCCAAGAAAGGUAAAACCCCAGAAGAAGUGCUGAAGAAGUAUCUGCAGAAAGUCCGGCACCCACCAGAAGAGGACUGCACCAUCUGCAUGGAGCGCCUCACAGCCCCUUCCGGCUACAAGGGCCCACAGCCGACGGUCAAGCCUGACCUGGUGGGAAAGCUGUCCAGGUGCGGCCACAUCUACCAUAUCUACUGCCUGGUCGCCAUGUACAACAACGGGAACAAGGAUGGGAGUUUGCAGUGUCCAACCUGUAAGACUAUUUAUGGAGUGAAGACAGGUACCCAGCCUCCAGGGAAGAUGGAGUACCACCUCAUCCCCCACUCCUUACCUGGCCACCCAGACUGCAAGACCAUCCGGAUCAUCUACAGCAUCCCCCCUGGCAUUCAGGGUCCAGAACACCCAAAUCCUGGGAAGAGUUUCAGCGCCCGUGGCUUCCCACGACACUGUUAUCUUCCAGACAGCGAGAAAGGGAGAAAAGUUCUGAAGCUGCUGCUCGUGGCCUGGGAUCGCCGCCUCAUCUUUGCCAUCGGUACCUCCAGCACCACGGGCGAGUCAGAUACUGUCAUCUGGAAUGAGGUCCAUCACAAGACAGAGUUUGGCUCUAAUCUCACUGGCCAUGGCUACCCAGAUGCCAAUUACCUGGAUAAUGUGCUGGCCGAACUGGCUGCCCAGGGCAUCUCUGAAGACAGCACUACCCAGGAGAAGGACUGAGGCUAGAGGGGCUUGGAGGCUGGAGGGGCCGUGGGAGCCCUAGGGCAGGAAGUGGGGAGGGUCAAGGUGGAAGCUAUACCUUCUCUACUCCGUCAUCUCCCCUCCUAUCUGGUCUCCACUCCUUUCCCUCCCAGCCACAGUGGAGAGCAAGAUUAAACAAGGUGAUAUCACUCAUAAACCUCAUCCAAUACAGAGGGGUCAUGGGAUGAGGGCCAGCCUGGGUCUGGUCCCAUGGAGUUUUCGGUGCUGGGUAGGCAAGAACCUCCUCCUGCUCCCCACCCCCUGAGCAGGGAGCAUGAUCAGCACACUUCGGGUAUGGGCAGUGCAUGGGCACGCCAUACCCUGGCCUUGUGAAGCCCGAGGUUCCUUACCUCAGCUGGCUUCUUGCUGCUUCCACUCUGCUUAGAGAGUGGAGUUUCCACUUUUCUCUCCUCUGCUGGAGGCAGGGAGCUCUCACUGUGCAAGGUUGGGGGGCAAAGGGGUGACCCGCUAAACUGCUGUGACGUCAGAAAUCGGAUGCCUCGGUGUAGAGCGAGGGAGCACUUCUUGCCGAGAGGGUCAGAGAGGCAAAGCCUCCAGGAGCAUGUUCAGCUCUCACCCUAGUCUGUGGCUUCUCUGGGCCCUCUCCUCCUCACACCUUUGACCUGUCCAAAGAGGCAUCUGGUUCUCUCAUGUGGAUGGACAGACUCUGGGAUUCCUCUCAGGGGUGGCAUCUCAUGAUGCUGUUUCCAUCCCCUCUCUGAUCCAACCAGAGCCUGCAUCCCACUGAGUGUCUGAACCAUCCUCAGGGAGAGGAGCCCAUAGCCUUCCCAACUCAUCCCAAACCAACUCAAAGAUUCCAUGAGUUUCAUCAGGUCACUGUGAAUAGAGCCCACCCUGGGCUCUCUGCCAUCUGUGUAUGUGCAUGUGUGUGUGUUGGCGUGUGCGCAUCACUGGGCCAGGCUGGGGGAGAGUCCCAUUAGCAUCCCUGUACUCUAUUUUGCAAGUUGCCAAACCCCAGGUCCAAUGGGAAUCAAACAGCCAGGUUGUGAUCGCUUGAUUUUCUUUACCUUUUGCCACCCCAUCCCAUAGAAAACAUAGACCCUGAUAGAGAUGGAACUGAGCUUGGGGAGAGAUGAUGAGGUGAGGGCUGGACUGACCAAUUUCAUAUUUCUUCUCAAGAUUGGCACAGAGUCAGUCUCCACCAAGCCUUGUUCUUCUGAGGGCUUCCAUCUGUCUCCAUGCAUAUUUGCUAACGAGAGUUCAGAGGUGGGGGGGAGGGGCCUUCAUCUCCCUCAUCUAUUACAGAUUGACGUUAAAGCAUAGAAAGAGCCUCUUUAACUCAUUCCUAGCAAGGUUGGGCCCACAUGGUCUUGUCCAACCUGCAUCUGGGUUAUGUCCUAAGACCCUGUCUAUCUUUUCCCCCACAUUUGUCUUGCCUAUAACUCCCAUUAAGGAAAGAAUUGGGAGUCAGGGUGGAGAGAAGGGGGGAUCAAGAAGGGAAACCCAAUUCCCCCUUUGAAAGUGGGUUCUUUGAACUAUGUUUUUUGGGGAAAUUCCUCUGGAUACUAAUUUGAAGUUAUAUACCUCAAGUUUUGGGGGUUUUGACGUAUAUAUAUGCAUAUAUAUUUCAUAAUAUUUGGAAGGUUUUUGAUGCUAGAAAAACUGAAAUAAAAGAUACUUCAAAAUGGUACUUAAGUUAGAACUGGAGGUCAAGCUGUCUAGAGUCAGCUGCAUAGCCGCUUGCUGUUAGGCUCAUAGCCCAUGUUGACAGUAGUGUGGCCAGUGGAUUCACCUGAGUGUCACCCCGUAUUGGGAUAGGCUGGAGCUGAGCCUUUCUAAAUGACUCCAGCGAUGUUAACUGGUUCCACCAGAGGGCACUCUGAGGAGAGGAAUGGUUCCUGCCAUCUUAGUCCCAGUCUCUCCUAUAAACUGGCAGUCAUUUUACAAUAUCUCACCAGCAGACCACGAGUCCUGAGUUUAUUGCACCAUGGGGCAGUUUCCCGCCACAGGCAGGAAGGAAACAUCUGAACUAAUGGAAGAGCCUUCCUUGUGAUGCAUAAUGUCACACCCCAUGACCUUUGCCAGGUUGCCACUUGGCAAUAAUAUUAGAGAUUGUUAGAGAGCUUCAUUGUAGGCUUAGUCCUAGCUCUGCCUGCAGUACCCUCGCCAUGUAUCUGCUGAGCUUCUCCCGCCAUCGGGAUGAAGAGACAGACGGAGGGGCUGUGAUGGAAAAAUAUAGCGAGGCAGCAGGAGGUAGGGAAGAAAAGAAGACGUUCUUUGGCAACUGAAAAUGGGCCAUGGACAGAGACUGGUUUCCCUGAAGGAAGUAUAGGUGGAGCAGGGGGGUGCCCAGCAGUCGAAGCAAGAGGGAUGGGUAAGGGAGUUACUGUGUUAGUGGCAAUACCACUUUGAGAGUUAGUCCUCAUACCUUCAAGCCUUUGCCCCUAGGAUUUGAUUUGUCUGUGGCCCAUUUCUCUUCCUCUCUGAGGAUUCCCACAGGGGCUACCUCAUCCUCAUGCUGCUCUUGCGGGACUUCCUGGGCAGAAGGGAUCUUGAACUUCCUUCCUAGCGCUGUGUCAAGUGAGGCAGGGGGCAUUCGUUUGCCUGCUCUCUUGUGCCAGCCUAGAAAGGCACAGUCUUUCUUUCAGAGAGAACCUGCCAGCAGAGCCCUGUGCGUCCACCACUUUGACAGGGGGUGUUUUCCCACCAGAAGCCCUGUUGUGGCCCCCCUGGCCCAAACAGGGGAUUCAUGCCUUUCUUUCCAUGGUCUUAGCACCAGCUGCCUCGCUUCUCCCUUCCUGAGUCUCCAAGGAUGACAAAUGGGAUUGGAGACAAACCUUGUCACAUGCUCAUCCCUUCAAAGGUUAGUCGUGCAUCCGUGGUUGCCUGUGCCUUUGUGUUCUCUUUCUCUUCCUCUUUUUGUAAAAUUUGGACUUUCUGUGGUUUUAUACUUGGUCUGAAGAACUCGUCCUGGUAUUUCCUGGUAUUGCACUGUUGUGUGCAUGAGAAGAUUGGGGGAAGGCUUGUAUGGUACAAGAAAGAACCCUUGACCUUUGUCCAUGUCUGGUUGCCAACAUUGGAGGUGGGGGGUGGAAUUUCUGGGAGAGGGCAGGUGAAUGUCCUACUGUAAAUUGUUCUGUUUGUAACUGGUGUGUUUUGAAGUCCUUGGUGUUGCUCUGUGGGAGGACAUCGCCACCUGGUGCUCAUGAGAUGUGCUGAACAAUAAAUGGCAAAUGAACAACCAA